AUGAUGCUUGAGAAUAUGCCAUGGGCAAACUUCUGUACAAGUAAGUUCCAUAGUUUUGCAGCUUGUAGUGAGUCAAGGUUGGGCAGCACCCACCCUAGUCAACUUUGGUUAUCCCUCAAAGCCGAUCCUCCAAACAAGUUUUAUCACGCUCAUCUCCGCGAAACCAUGAAACGCGCCGCAGAUUUCCUCUACGUGUCCCGUUGCGUGACAAUGUUUGGUAGUGAGGAAAAGCAAUCAUCUUUCUUGUUUCUUCUUUUUCGGCCUCAAGGGGAUUCCGUAGUCUGCCCGAAUCCAAUAAAGCUACUUUCUGCUUGA